AUGGCUUUGAGAAUGAAAGACAAUGAUGAGUCGCUUAUUGAAGAAGGUCCCGAGCCUAUAUCCAUUUGGGGUUUAGUGUUCAAUGGUGUUGUCAACACAUAUGGACAGGGCAUAAGGGUUGUAAGUAUUACUCCUCGAGGUUCACAUAUACCUUUUGCAGCAAGGAUGGAUUUUGAUUGCACCAACAACAUCGUAGAGUACGAGGCAUGCAUCCUUGGUCUAGAAGAGGCUAUUGAUAUGCGUAUCAAAUUUCUUAAAGUGUUUAGUGACUCGACUCUUGUCAUCAAUCAAAUUAAAGGAGAAUGGGAAACUCAUCAUCCAGGUUUGAUCCCAUACAUAGACUAUGUCAGAAGAUUGUCUAUUUUCUUUACUAAAGUAGAAUUCAAUCGUAUCCCUCGAGAUGAGAACCAGAUAGAAGAUGCCCUUGCUACGUUGUCCUCCAUGUAUAGGUUGAAUCUGCAUAGAGAAGUUCCUUCCAUCCUUAUCCAGGCCCGUGAUAAAUCUGCCUAUAUCAUCAAUGUUGAAGUUGUGCCAAAGGAGAAACCGUGCUUCUACAAUAUCAUGUGUUUUCUUGAGAAGCAAGAGUACCUGUUUGGGGCGUCUAACAGAGAUACAAAAACCUUAAGGUGA